UAGAAAAAACCUUUGUUGCAGCCCCUUUAUUGAAGGGGGCAUAAAGAAGUACGCUUCAACAACCAAUCGGUCAACGCGGGUCAAACAUUAUAAACUGUUGUUGAAGCGAACAUUUUUGUUGUUCGCUUCAAUAGCAGUUGUUGAAGGGGGGAUUAAAUGUUCGCUUCAACAAAUAACAGUUGCAUAUACUCCAACUUUUGAUUCUCUCUCCUCCUCAUUUCUUCUGUUAACUUGAAAGAUUCAUUUCUCUCUCUUCUCUCCCCUCUCCUCUCUCCCGGUUCAAAACUCCUCAAACCAUCCGCCCCUUUCCAUGGAAGGUCUAUCUUCUCUCCCUCUCCCCCAUUCUCUAUAAUUUCAAAGAAGGUGUCUUCAUAAACGACCUCGAUUUCGUUUUCUUUCUCUCUCCUCUUUCAAAAAAAAAUUCGUGUUAGAUCUAGAUAUUUCAAGCGAAAACGAGGGAGUGCAUCGAUCAAGCUGGUAGCUUUACUGUGUUGAGCAUGGUAUUUAGUUUGAUCAGUUGAUUGUUCCUGAUGAAUAUCGUUGCCCCAUUUCUAAAGAAAUUGUGAAGGACCCUGUUAUUUCAUCUACUGGAAGUGGGAAAAUGCAAGAAGUCUAUUGCCUCCAAAUGUUAGGGUUGUGGAAAUGAGUAUGAAUGAUUCCUGGUUUCGUGAUUCAAGACCUACUUUUCUCGUAAGGAAGAACAACAUGAAGAGUGUAGCUGGAAUCGAUUGGACUUUCAACAGUUAGGGUGGCGUUGAUGAUGGAUGCUAUAAGGAUUGGAGUCAUGACAUUCUUGUUUCAAGGAAGGUUAGUUUGGUAUGGUUUUCGAUGUCCUUUAAAGGCGGUCACACAAUCGGAGGUCAAUCAAGAAUUGGAAAGACAAGAGGUUGAAGAAAUGUUAGAUGAUUGUAUUAAAAUGUAUGCCCUUAAACAGGUUCCCUCUGAGAUAAUAUGCAUUGAGAAAGAGUCUAUAACUGAUGGAAUUUUGGAACUCAUAUCUGAAUUGGGGAUACAGAAAUUGGUAAUGGGUGCAGGAUCUAACAGCAGAUUUUUGAGGAUAAAACCAAAACCCACCUCAGAACAGUCUAAUGAAGUCCUUAAUAAAGCUCCUGAUUUCUGUCAUAUCUGGUUUGUAUACAAGGGUCGUCUAAUAUAUACAAGGUAUAUUUUGCUUGCUAAAGUUAAUCAAUACAUGUUCAUUCUCUUGGUGACUUGGUGUUACUUCAAAUUGAUAAUUAUUGUGUCUACUAGCUUCAUAUCUCUUAAAUUGAUUAAUUUGUGUGGUAUCAGAAAUUACUAGACACAAGUUUCGUAUCAAGGAGGGUAAUAAGUAUU